AUUAAAUGCUUCCAAAGUUUUGGUUUGGAAGUUGAAGAUCUUUAUAGGUAAUAGGUAUUAAGAUGACACUUAAAGUUAUGGUGACCCGGACAUACUACAUGCAAGUUUUACCAUACUGUAUCCCACGCGUAACCCUCAAUGGACCAGUACCAAUCUCUGCAUGGUCCUGGAAUGACAUCUCACCCUUGAGUCUCUCAACCCUUGAAAAGAAAAUUCAGAUCAGGGCUCUAACGAUAUAAAGCCAGCACUUAGGGCCCUGGUUAAACCCCGAAAAAAAAAAGGUGAUUCCAUUUGCCUUCUUGUCUCGCCGAUAGGACUGGCCCCUUUCAUCUACAUGAUUGCGUUCGAGGAUUUGAGGGACAUUUUUCUUUCUUACUAUUCCAAAAUUUGAUCUGCUAUUUCAAACAGACCAAAAUGGCGUACUACCAUCCAGACACGCCGGAAACCGGCGGUCCCUUAGCUGUAUCCACGCUAUUCGGCAUCAUUGCCUUGCUUUCUUGCGUGGCGCGGGUAUAUUCUGUAAGGCAAAGGAGCGAGAAGUUCCACCUGCAAGAAUUGUAUCUCUUUAUUGCUUUGUUAUUGACAUUCACAUCACUUGGCCUUCAGUGGGCUUGCGUUGUACGAGGUGGUACCGGCAGACACAUGGAAGAUGUGGACAUGUUGGAUGCAGUCCUCGCUCUUAAGCUUAUUAUUCCCUUCGAGGCACUAUAUGGCGUCACCCUCAUGUUCGCUAAAUGGUCUAUCUUACUAUUUUACCAGCGCGUGUUCGGGGUGAGCAGAUCCUCGGUUCGGUGGUUCGCGCGUGCAACCAUGGUCAUUGUAUUCCUAUGGAUGGUUUCGGUGGUUCUCGAGACAUUUCUCCUCUGUCGACCGCUCGCAUAUAACUGGGAUACGUCCAUCAAGGGUAGCUGUGGCGACCGCAACACGGUUUAUGUCGUUGCAGGAGCGACAAACAUGGUGACGGACUUCAUGGUCUUGCUGAUACCCGUUCCGACAAUCUGGAAGUUGAGCCUACCAAUAUCCCAACGUAUCGCGCUUACGGCCACGUUCGGCCUGGGUCUUUUUAUCACAGCAAUUUCUAUAAUCCGCUUGAAGUCUCUCAUGGACAUAUCCUUUACCGACCCGACAUGGACAUUGCCAAUGGGAUUAAUGUGGACCGUACUCGAACCUGAGCUGGAAAUUCUCGUCGCGAACUUCCCAUUCAUGAGGCCAUACCUCUCUAAGAUACUUCCAAAGAAAUGGUCACUAAACCCAUCAUCAUGGCGGAGCCGCAAGUACGGCAACGAAAAUUUCGAACGUCUUCCGGCCGACAAAGGAGUUCCACUACAGACCAUUGGUGGCGGCUGGACGGGAUCGAACGCGAUGGCCGGAGUUGCAAAACCAAGAAACGGUGGGACCCCAGCAAGUGACGGGGCUGAAUCAGAGAGAGGGUUGACGAAGGAAUCAGACGCAGGCAUUCAAGUUCACACUAUGUGGUCAGUUAGCAGAGAGUAGGUCGUUCUGGUUACCUGGUAAUUGAUCUAGAAGAAUUGAAUUUUGGAUUCCUCGGGAAAUCCAAAGAUAG